UGUGCUCUCCCAUUCAACCUCUGUAGUCAGCAGAACGAGAGGCUGAGCAGCGCUACACAGCAUCCACAUCGACAGCAUCCUGCAGAUGACUCUGCUCCGUGGACGAGAGGAAGGAAGAGAAAAAAAAACAAGCGUGGGAGAGAUAAGAUUGAAACCAAAGAAGACGACGGACUAAAAGGAAAAAGAGAAGCACCAAAGGAGUGAGAGUGGGAAAUGAAAGGAAUUGAGUAAACACGUCUGCCUGCCUGAGGACCACUGCAGCUGUACUAAAUCUGGGGCUGUCAGGCCAACCCUCAGCAGAGCAGUAAGUGAGAGAGGCAAAGGAGCAAAGGAGAAAAAGAAGUGAUUUGAAGAGCUGAUCCCAUCACUCUGGACAUGUAGGAAUGGGAACCCUAAGAGCAUCUCUGACAGCAAAUCAAACUUUGCACAGAGAAAAAGUGCCUUCGUAUCUCCAGUCUAAGCCAACUUCUUCCGAGAAGUGAGGAAAACAGCUACAGCAAGACAGUUAUCGUGUUAGUUCCUAAAAUGUGGAACCUCCAAGAGGAUCUUGAGCUUGUGCAUUGCUGAGUACAGCUCUGUGUUUGCUGUCCAGUUUAAGGCCCCCUCAGUCCUCCCUUCCACCUGCCUGCUCCUGGUGAAUGUCUUCUCUGCAUGCACUCCUACUGCUCGGCAGUUGAACACACUCAUGGUCGAUGCCAAGGGAAGGAACAUGAAAUGUCUGACUUUCUUCUUAAUGCUUCCUGAGUCAGUGAAAAGCAAGUCGAGUAAAAGCUCUAAGAAGGGGAAUGCCAGCGGCAGCUCUAAGCUGCCCCCAGUUUGUUAUGAGAUCAUCACUCUGAGGAGCAAGAAGAAGAAGAAGAUGGCAGCGGAUAUUUUUCCAACCAAAAAGCCGGCAUCCACUACCACAGUGCAACAGUAUCAGCAGCAGAACCUCAACAACAACAACACAAUACAGAACUGUAACUGGCAAGGACUAUACUCCACCAUAAGAGAAAGAAAUUCAGUGAUGUUCAACAAUGAGCUGAUGGCAGAUGUUCACUUUGUAGUGGGUCAGCCUGGAAGGACGCAGCGGCUGCCAGGACACAGAUAUGUUUUGGCUGUGGGCAGUUCAGUGUUUCAUGCCAUGUUUUAUGGUGAACUGGCUGAAAACAAGGAUGAAAUUCAUAUUCCAGAUGUGGAACCAGCGGCCUUUCUGGCGAUGCUAAAGUAUAUUUACUGCGAUGAGAUUGACCUAAGUGCUGACACAGUGUUGGCCACUCUUUAUGCUGCCAAGAAGUACAUUGUCCCUCACCUGGCACGUGCCUGCGUCAACUUCCUGGAAACCAGCCUGAGUGCCAAGAAUGCCUGUGUGCUACUCUCCCAGAGCUGCCUGUUCGAGGAGCCAGAACUGACACAGCGCUGCUGGGAGGUGAUUGAUGCCCAGGCCGAGCUGGCGUUACGCUCGGAGGGCUUCUGUGACAUCGACGUCCAGACCCUGGAGAGUAUCUUACAGCGAGAGACACUCAAUGCUAAAGAGAUAGUGGUAUUUGAGGCAGCCCUCAGCUGGGCUGAGGCUGAGUGCCAGAGACAGGAGCUAACCUCUUCGACAGACAACAAGCGUAAGGUUUUGGGAAAGGCCAUGUACCUGAUACGCAUCCCUACAAUGGCUCUGGAUGAUUUUGCCAAUGGAGCAGCCCAGUCGGGCGUGUUGACUCUUAAUGAGACCAAUGACAUCUUUCUGUGGUACACAGCAGCCAAGAAGCCCGAGCUGCAGUUUGUCAGCCAGCCCAGGAAGGGCCUGACACCUCAGCGCUGCCACAGAUUCCAGUCCUGUGCUUACAGAAGCAAUCAGUGGCGUUAUCGGGGCCGCUGUGACAGCAUACAGUUUGCAGUUGACAAAAGAGUUUUCAUCGCUGGUUUUGGACUGUAUGGCUCCAGCUGCGGUUCUGCAGAGUACAGCGCAAAGAUUGAGCUGAAACGUCAAGGAGUACUGCUGGGACAAAACCUGAACAAAUAUUUCUCUGAUGGUUCAAGCAAUACCUUCCCAGUAUGGUUUGAGUAUCCAGUCCAGAUCGAGCCUGAUACAUUCUACACUGCCAGUGUGGUUCUGGACGGGAGUGAGCUGAGCUACUUCGGACAGGAAGGGAUGACAGAGGUGCAGUGUGGGAAAGUAACAUUCCAAUUUCAGUGCUCCUCUGACAGCACUAAUGGCACAGGAGUACAGGGGGGGCAGAUUCCUGAGCUCAUCUUUUAUGCCUGACAAACCCUGUACAUACAUUAUCCAGAUUUUGAGUGCACUUAUGGAAAAGAGAUAAUUAUUUGUGCAUAGUGUCACUUUCUUUCUUAUUUUUGUCACUACUGUGGAAAACGAGUCUGAUCUGAGCUCUGAAAGGGGCUUAUUGUAUGUGGUUUGAUUUCAGUAAAUGGUCCAUUUGAGUAGGACCAAAUAGUUUCAACAUAUUACAGACAAAAAAAAUCUAACAAGAUAAAAAGAAUAUCUUGUAUUAGAUGUGCAUGUAUAUAUGAAUAUAUGUAAAUUUUGAAAUGUACAGUAUAUGAUGUACACUUGUGGUCAGUGCAGACCACAAAGAUAUCUUAUAUAGUGAAUAUGCUACAGUAUGUUUAUUAUUUCUAUGCUUGCAUAGAAUGCACAUAUAUAGCAGCAAUACUUCACAUUCUAUAUUCUAUCAUGAUUAUUUCGUGUCAUGACUCAUCAGCAUUAAAAUGGAAGCGAAAAAGGCUGUAUGAUACUCAGAACCAACACAAAAAUUCAAGUCGUGGUUACAGACAAAAAACACGUCCUGUGGUAGUACUGUAGUAUCCAUUACACAUAUUUGAGUGAGAGCAGUUGAAUCCGUGCUUUUUAGACUCUGAAUCUAGUGGUGGUGCACUUAGAGGGGGCUUUAGGGGUCUUAGAUUAGGGGCACUAGAAAUAAUGAGGCACAUUACCCCUACAGUGUCUUUCUGUAUCAUAUUCCUCUGCACCUAUACUCAUUUCAGCCACACCUCCAUAGAGGGAUUCAGUUAGAUCAGUGUCAUUAUGUUCGCAGUGAAUAUUAGGGCUUACAGUGAUCACAGUGUAGUGAAAUAUUUAUUUGAUUUUUCUAUUCAAUUAUGUCUGCAUUGCAGUACUUACAGCAUGAACAAAACUGUUCCAUUUCACCUAACAUGUACCACUAAUUGUUCUGGCGCCUUUGUUUUGUUUACAGCAAAAAGAUCAAUGAUUGAUUCUGUGUUGUUCAGCUGUUUAUCUUAUAGACUUUAACUUCUCUCUGUUAAACCCUGUACACUCUGAACUGCUGAGCACUCCCUCCCAAUGUGAUCAUACAGCAUCAUACAUUUUAUGCUACAGAAUUGCACUGAUAUUGGUUUGUAAUUGAAUUUGUUAUUUUGUCUUACUUGUUCUUUUGAACCAGGCAGAUUUCUUUGAUUUUCUGUGCUACUGAUUUUUUUUCCUUGAAAACAUCCACAGAUUUAUCUGUGGAUCACAGUGGAUGGGCAAACUGGUGUUAAUGUCCUGUGUUUACGUGCUACAGUGCUGGGAGACCAACGAAUGUGUAUGAUUGUUGACGAUGCAAAUAAAGAAAACAAGUGGUAAA